UCAGUUCAUCUUGACGCGCUCGAUAGAGGAGGGAGAGGGAGGUCCGCUAUGCGUAAACUCAUCUGUCGCAAGUUCCAGGUUUUUUUUUAAAUUUGUAUUCGACUUCUUUUUUUUUUUUGUCAGCUCGCAUUUCGCCACGUGUCUUAACGAUGUGACCACCAUGUUUAGAAACGACAACACGCGUGAUUUAUCGUCGUGUGAGAAGGAAAAGCCAAAGUUCCUUUCACAAUGGCAAACCGUGAACGCAACCAAAGGAUCCUGCUGGAGCUCGUGAAGCAGCCGGGAAACAGUCGGUGCGCGGACUGCGGCUCGCCAGAUCCAGAAUGGGCGUCCUACAAGCUGGGCGUGUUUGUGUGUCUGAACUGCUCGGGCAUCCACCGCAGCCUCUCCAGCCGGGUCAAAUCCAUAAAGCUGGACUUCUGGGAGGACGAGCUGGUGGAGUUCAUGAAAUCCAACGGGAAUGACAGAGUCCGACCUUUGUAUGAGAAAGCUGUUCCAUCGUACUACUAUCGGCCCCAGGAAAACGACAGCGCCGUCCUAAGAGAGCAGUGGAUCCGGGCCAAAUAUGAACGGAUGGAAUUCUCUGGAGAAAUCAAAUAUCCGCCUGUCUCAUACACAACAGGUUUCUUUGAGGGGAUACUGUGGAAGAAAGGGAGAGACAACUCGCAUUUUCUGAAGAGGAAGUUUAUGCUGUCGGAGAGAGAGUUCACCCUGACCUACUACAACAAAGAGAAUGAGUCCAAAGGCCCCAAAGCUGUGAUCUCCAUCAAGGACCUGAACGCCAUCUUCCAACCAGAGAAGAUCGGUCAUCCUAACGGGCUGCAGAUUACCUACCAAGAGGACGGUCGCACCAGGAACCUCUACGUCUACCACGAGAGUCCUGAGGAAAUAGUGUCAUGGUACAACGCCAUUCGCUCUGCUCGCUAUGCGUACCUGAAGACGGCAUACCCGACUGGAAGCGACGAAGAACUGAUUCCAAAGAUAACAAGAAAGUACCUCAAAGAGGGAUACAUGGAAAAGACCGGGCCCCAGCAGACAGAGCCAUUCAAGAAGAGGUGGUUCAUUUUAGACUCUGAGAAGAGGAAGCUGUUCUACUACAAAGGGCUGCUGGAUGCAGAGGAGUUGGGGGUAAUUUUCAUUGGCACAGAGAGCAAAGGAUACUCUGUGAAGGAGUGCGUCCCAAAGCACGCUCGGGGAAACAAGUGGAAACACGGCGUGUUGCUGGAGACGCCUGAGAGGCAGUUUGUCUUCAUGUGCGAGCAGGAGAGGGAGCAGAGAGAGUGGAUUAACGCCCUGAGACAAGUCCUACUCAGACCCAUGUCCCCGCAGGAUUAUACUAUUGAAGCCAACAGCAGGUAUAAGAGAUGAAGAACCGCACGGUUAACAACGUGACGAUGAAGACAGACUGCAGAGCUAAAAAACACAAGAGACAGAACUCCUGCAGCACGACAGAUAAACGACAUGGAGACACCGUGUUCCCCCCAGUCAUGACUCCAAUCUUUGUGUCGUUGUCAAACAUGAACACUGACUGUGAUCUGUGAUCUGUGAUCUGAGUCCCAGUGUGGAUUAAAGACCAACUUCAACUUAUUCUCACUCGUGCUGAAUAUGAGACUUCAGGAAGAACUGUGUCAAACUCACUGUAAUGAACAAACUAAAGCCGUAAUGUUCAAUCAAUGCAGGUCAUCAUGCUGUUUUUAUUUUGUUUCUCAUUGUUUCAUUUUGUCAUAAACAUAUGAUUUAGCAUUUUGUUGUGAACAUAUUUCAUGGAAAUGUUCCCCAAAACAAAUCUAUUAAUGUAGUGAAAAGUGUAGUUUUUAAAUUUAUUUUUGGGCUUUUUGUGCCUUUAAUUGAGAGAUAGGACAGUGGAUAGAGUCGGAAACCAGGGAGAGGGAGUGUGGAAUGACGUGCGGGAAAGGACCUACAGGCCGGACUUGAACCCGGGCCGCCCGCUUGAGACUGCAGCCUCCAUACAUGGGGCGCGCAACCUAACCUGUUUUAUUAAUUAAACUACCAGAAAGUGUAGUUUAAUUAAUAAAACACUUGUAAAUUAAUGUUGGAUACAAAAUUGUUUAAUAACAUUUGUGAAGAAAUAAUUGGUGUGAAGGUGCAAAGUGCAAACAUUAAAUAGCUGCAGUUCUCUACUCUGA